CAUGGCCGUGAAUCAAUUUGGUGUAUCCAUCAGAGAUGGGGUAGCACGGGAGAGGUGUUCAAAUGGAAGACGGCUCAGGAACCCGAAAACUGCACCUGGAACGCACAUUCUUUGGAGACGACCCUACAAGACAAAUCAUGCAAAGGUUUGAUUGCAGAAACCGCACAAAACAGCGGUCGCUGUCUCUGCUGCUAGCCUUACUACCAGUGAUUCCUCUUUAUUGAGGUGGUGGCCUGUCUUCAUGUUUAUCUUUGUCUGAUGCGUUGUUUCAAUUGUCUCCUUUCUCAUCACAACUCAUAUCUCCUAUCUCCACCACCUCUUCCAAUCGCUCCGAACCUGGAAGAUUCCAGUCUGGUCUAGUCUAGGCUCGGGACGGUGCUGUAGCACCUCAUCAGCAAAGCAAGCUCGCAGUACACGUAAUCAAUUCGAGCAUGUUCUGAAGUUCCUGAAAGCCAUACUGCACCAGCUGCUGCCUUUCUUGUUCUUGCAACAAUGGCUUCCUCUUCCCCGUGGUUCACCUUGUUUUUCUUCUUCUCAACUUAUGUCCUAGCUCUCAUAACGGUUAACCAGAGAGCUGUUUCGGCUGAUCAGAAGAAGAACCAGAACAGAGGACCUGCAAUCAAUGUCACCAAGUACCUGUCCUUCCCUGAUUUCAGCCUGGACAAUCCGAGGAUCCUUCAUGAUGUCAAGCUCCUAGGAAGCGCCAAGCUCUCCAAGGAUAAGUCUGCACUUCAGAUUCCUGAUGAGACUGAAGCUCUCGACCUCAGGCACCUGGCAGGACGUGCCCUGUACUCUUCCCCGGUCCGCCUCCUCGAGCCGACCACCAAGACACCUGCCUCCUUCGAGACCACCUUCUCCUUCCAGUUCAAGAAUGACACAGUUUACAAUCCUAAGGGUGACUGGGACUCCUCUCCCAGUCAUGGAGGCAGCGGGCUGACCUUCAUUAUAGUCCCGGAUGAGUUUACAGUCGGGAGGUCAGGCCCAUGGCUCGGGAUGCUGAACGAUGCUUGUGAUGAGGACUACAAGGCCGUGGCUGUGGAGUUUGAUACCCGCCAUAAUCCGGAGUUUGGUGACCCGAAUGAUAACCACUUGGGCAUCAACUUGGGAAGCAUUGUUUCUACUAAAAUCAUCAAUGCUUCGGAUGCCGGGGUGCACCUCAAGGAUGGUUCCAUCCACCAGGCUCGGAUCAGAUACGAUGGCCCUAAGCGAUGGAUGGAAAUUCACAUCGGACCGAGCGGCAUUGAAUUGCCCUCGAGACCUGUAUUCUCAGAAAGUCUCGACCUGUCCCCUCACCUGAAAGAGUACAUGUUCGUAGGAUUCUCCGCCUCGACUGGAAAUCUGACUCAAAUUCAUAAUAUUCUUUCUUGGAACUUUACUUCCACGAGCCAAGCUUUUCUUCGACUCCCAUCUGCUGAAACAUGCGAGAGCAAGAUCGUCCUCGAGAACAGCAGCCCAAGGAGCGCCGAGAAUGGACCCAGCAGCAGCUUCCUCAUAUUCGUGGGCACAGUUGUACUAGUUCUCGCUGUUCUGCUCAGUCUCUACUUUAACAGUAGGCGCAAGAAAGAAAAGUCGGGUACCGUGAUUUUACCGGAGAAGUUACAACGGCCCAGGCCUCCCAACAAGCCCCGCCGCUUCACAUUUUCUGAGCUUUCCUUAGCCACGAGGCAUUUUGCCGAGUACGAGGUACUAGGGAGCGACUCUCGGGGCACUUUCUAUCUGGGGAAGCUUUCGAACGGCCUCCAAGUAGCUGUGAAGCGGUUUUCGGUUCGGUUUCUUACUUCCAAUGGAUUGGACAGGAGGUGGAUGAUGAAAGAGAUAUGUGCUAUCAGUCGGGUGCGCCACCCUAAUCUAGUCCCAGUCAGGGGAUGGUGCCACGACAGUCGGGAAACAAUGGUCGUGUAUGACUUCCUCGCCAACGGAGGCCUUGACAAGUGGCUUUUCGGGGCCGGGGUCUUGCCCUGGACGAGGCGGUUCAAGGUGGUCAAGGAUGUGGCGGAUGCCCUGGGAUACCUGCAUUCCAAGAAACUCGCCCACAAGAACAUGAAAACUUCAAGCGUCCUGCUUGACGUUAAUUUCCGGGCAGUUCUCGGGGAUUUUGGUUUUGUGCUCCCCGGUUUAGGAUCAAGGCGGUUCGAGUCGGCCGUGAGUCGGGCAGCGGACGUGUUUGAGUUCGGGGGCUUUGUGCUCGAGGUGGUCGCAGGCAGGAAGAGAAGGGAGCCCGAUGCAGAACGGGAAGAGAGGGACUUGCUGGAGCUUGCCUGGAGAAUGCACGAGGUGAAUGAGAAGGCAAAGCUCGUGGACCUGAGGAUGGGCGCGCUGAUGAAUCUGGAACAGGCCAUUCGGGUUGUCGACGUCGGUUUGCUGUGCACGUUGAAUGAGAGUAAAGGGAGGCCUUCAAUGGAGGAAGUGACCGAGCUUCUGGCCAGCGAUUGUCCAAUCCCAGAGCUGCCGCCGACCCGACCGGUGUCUCUGUUCCCGUACAGCAGCGCCACUGGUCUGUGCACGGGUUACUCUUGCACUCCAUUCAAUUGAAGCAGUUGGAUCCAGAGUGCUAGUACAGAAAUUGCAGCUGUAGAAGCAGAGAUUUGGCAAGGGAAUCUGAUAAGUCUCGACGUAACGGCCUCUUGAUUUUGUAUCUUUCGACGACGUCGAUAUAGUAAACAUAAUUUUGCGCCAUAUCCUUCACUGAUUGCAUAGAAUUCUGAAGUCACUUCGUAUGAAAGAGAAAAAAGCUUACAUGGCACAACAUCCUUGAUUCGCAUCUACGCUCAUGUUUUCAUAUAUUAUCCAUGUAUACGACACCAUGAAUAGUAGAAGUACCAAACACUUAACGGUAUUACGGGCCAGACUGCAGGCCCAGAGAGGCCCAUCUCCAUUCCCGCCACGGCCUCCAUAUGAAAAGGGCGGAGAGGACAAUCUAUAGCAACCAUCCAUCUGUGCCAGCCUAAUUUGAGUUCAUACUUCAUAGAAACCAUCAGAAUUUGUUUAGUAUCUCUUCCUUCUAAAUUUAGCAAUUCCCCCUGACCUAUAAUUACUUUGCUUCGCCUCUCCUUUCAGACCAUCCCUUGAACACGCAAUUCAAUCACCUCUUCCAUUGGCAAUCCCGGCGAAGAAGCUCCCUUUCCCCCUCCCUCGCCUCCCUUCACCCUGAUCCGUAGUUCUCGCCUCGAGAGAGGAACGCCAUGGGAGGUUGCACGAGCAGGCCCAAGGACUUGGACAUCAGCGCUGAUGCUGCCCCUGUUGAGGGCCCCUCCAGCCCGGUGAAGGCCGAGGCCGAGGCACCCGCUCCGGAGAACACUACUAAUGGAGGUGAGGCCGAGAAGGAAAAGGAAGCUCCUCUUGUAGACGUCUCCGAGCCGAAGCCUGAGGCCGAGGCCGCGACCAAAUCUGUGGAGCCAGCUCCAGCCACAACCGAGGCCGAGAAGACAGAAGUGGAGGCGGAGACAAACGUUGAAGCCGCUGCCCCUGAGCAGAAGCCCGCCGAUGCCGAGAAAGCCUAAGGCGAUGCGCCGCUUGUCGCCGUCUUAUUGAUUGGUGGAUUAACAUGGAGAAAUAUUGAAAGAAUGUCUUCUUGAGCUUAUUGAAUUGCUCGAGGAUCCAGGGAAAAAAAGAAAAAAGAAAAAAAAAAAGAUUUUCGAACUAAAUUAAAUCCCAAUAUAAAUAAAAUAAUUGAUUUUUUCUAUUGAUA